AUGCCAUCGCACUACUGUCGAGCAAAUUCAUCCAGACAAUACCUAGAACCAGUAUUUCAAACCAUGGCACAAUUAUACAAAGAAUAUGUCAGUAAAUGCGAAUUAGAUUCCUUAAAAUGUCUUAGUCGUAGGGUUUUUGACAGUGUAUUCUUAAAACAGAAUCUUAGUUUCUUUCAUCCCAAAAAAGAUCAAUGCGAUGUAUGCUGUGGACAUAAAGUUGGAAAUAUUAACGAUACUGAAAUUGCAAUACAUCGCGAUAGGAAAGACAAAGCUAGAAAAGAAAAAGACACUGACAAAGAAUUGGCAAUAGAAGGAAAAACGUGUCAUGUAUUUACGCAAGAUGUUCAAUCAGUAAAAUUAGCUCCCUACCUUCAGGCUAGUGCCAUAUACUACAAGACAAAAUUAUCUGUUCACAAUUUUACCAUGUGCAAUUUGUCAACACGUGAAGCUUGCUGCUACUGGUUCGAUGAAUCAAAUGGCUCCCUUAAAGCUUCCGUUUUCGCAUCGUGCAUUGUGGAUCAACUACAGAUAAUUUUAAAAAGAAAAUUACUACCGGUAAUAUUGUAUUCUGAUGGCUGCUGUGCACAAAAUCGAAAUUCCAUCUUAAGCAAUGCUCUUCUGCGUUUAUCCAUCGAUAAAAAAGUUAUAAUAACUCAAAAAUUCAUAGAAAAAGGUCACACGCAGAUGGAAUGCGACUCUGUGCACAGUGCCAUCGAAUGUAGAUUAAAGGGAAAAGAAAUUUACCUUCCUUCCCAGUAUGCGAAUAUAACAAAGACCGCUAGAGAUAACCCAAUGCCAUAUGAGUCUCGAUUAUUAGAAUUCUCCUUUUUUACCAAUUUCAGUAAGGAUUUAAUUUACAAAACCAUUCGUCCGGGCAGAAAAUUCGGAGAUCCCACUGUUACCGAUUUAAGGGGAUUAAAAUAUAAACCAGAUGGAACUAUUUGGUAUAGCUUAAACUUUGACGAACCUUUGCAGCCGUUGCCUCAGCCUCCAAUGAAAAUUACCAAUAUAAAACCUUUAGAAGAGCUACCGAAAAUAUUUUCUGAAAGACUGCCAAUUUCCCAAAGAAAAUAUAAGGAUCUCCAAGAUUUAAAGGCAGUGAUACCUUCGAACUGCCACUCAUAUUAUGAUGAGUUACCUUAUAAAAAUUAA